AUGGAGUGGAAUUUGAAAGCUUCUUCAUGGGAUUUGAGUGGUAUAGAAGAGACAACAGCAUUACCUAACAUAGAAACAAUGGAAGAAUCAAACAGAUUUGGAGUUUAUAAGACCAAAGGGGAGUUUUCUGUUGACUUGAAGCUUGGUCAGGUUGGGAAUUCUGCUACUGAAUCCUCAUCAUCACCACUUCCUUUGUCCAAAGAUGUUUCUGCUUCUGUUUCCAAAAUUGCGUCGCCUUCUUCGUCUUCGGGGUCUUUUAAGAGAGCUCGAGCGGUUAAUAACACUGCAUUGACAGUUUCGUGUCUCGUGGAUGGGUGCAAUUCUGAUCUUAGUAAUUGUAGAGAGUAUCAUAGGCGGCAUAAGGUUUGUGAGCUUCAUUCCAAGACUCCUGAGGUUUCAAUUGGUGGACUCAAACAAAGAUUCUGCCAACAGUGUAGCAGGUUCCAUUCGCUGGAGCAAUUUGACGAAAGAAAAAGAAGCUGCAGGAAGCGUUUAGACGGGCACAACCGAAGGAGGAGAAAACCUCAGCCUGAACCUAUCACGCGACCUGCUGGCAGUUUUUUGAACAAUUACCAAGGCACGCAGUUGCUGCCCUUUUCAAGUUCUACUGCCAUGGUGAAUUCGGCUUGGAGUAACGGACUCAUUUCAUCCUGCGAAAGUGGUAUGCUUCACAUCCACAAUCAACACCAACAAGUUCCGGUAAUUGACAAACAAGAUCUUUUUCUCGGUUCUACUGCAACCAGUUAUGGAGAAGGGAAGCAACUUCAAUUCUUACACACCGACAACAACAUUCCCUCACUUCAUAACCAGAACACACCUCUUCUAAGGACUAGUAACAAAAUGUUCUGUGAUAGCUUAACGAAUUCUUCAGUGAACGAAUCUCCUUGUGCUCUCUCUCUUCUGUCAUCAUCACAGACACACGCACCUGAGAAUGGUUUGAACCAAAUGGUGCAGCAGCAGCAGCCUCAUUCAAUGUCCCUUAUGCAGCCCUUAGGACUGAGUCUGCAUGGUAAUAACAACAGCUUUGAAUCUAUGGAUAGAGUUUUGGUCCCUAAUGGGAGUGAGAGUGAUCAUUGUUCUUCAUUGUAUAACAUCGCUUCGGAUGGUUCACAAGGCAAUGAAGCACCUCAACUCUUCCCCUAUCAAUGGGAAUAG